GACUUUGGCACUCCAUCAAGGUGUUUACUUACUUGAUUCCCCUUGAUCGUCUUGGCUGACAUGUUCACCUCGGUGAUAAAAAACCUGGAGAGAGCCAGAGCCGCAGUUGUCCAGUUGGAAGGUGCGUGAGGAUAUUACAGUGACAAGCUUAGUUCUCUCUCACCAGGUGUUCCUCAGGUAUCCUCCAGACAUCCCACCAUGCGUGUGCUGUUGUCAGGCCUCCUCGUCCUCCUGGCCGCGUGCUCCGGUCCAGCUCACAGUGCCAUCAUCACGGAGGACGACCUGCCUAUUCUGUGGGCCGAGGCUGGAAGCCAGCUGUCCGACCUCCCCCAGCAGGACCACAUCGUCACCAUCAACCCCUGGGACUACCGACAGAGGAUGACUCUCUACCGGCUCCAGUUGGCUGCCUCUGAUCAGUACAUGGGCUCCAUGGGCCCCAACACCACGGAGGGAAACCCACUCUGGAGUCUGCCUCUGCAGCUGGGGUGGAAGCUGAGGUCAGGUCGUCUGUUGGACCCCACGAGUGCUACAACGUGUGGCCAGGAGAGUGACUCUAUGUGCAUCUCUGGCCAGAGCUGGUGGGCCUGUGUGAACUACUACCUCUCUGUGAUUCCCUUCUUGGCGGCGGUUCAGAAGGGUGUGAUUGGAGAUGGUCAGCUCCAGGUCCAGAUCCAAACACCCAGUGAUGCAGUUCAGGACUACUGCACCUCCUACACUGACUGCUCAACCAAGUUCCCUGACCUCAUGGCCAAGUGGGAGGCCUUUUACCAGGGUAUAAAGGAACUGAGCAUUGCUGACAUCACUGACUUGGAGAAGAAAGACCAGAUCCUGGGUCUGAUGUGGGCCGCUCAGCAGUUAUCACUACAGACUGCUUCUAGCACCUGCCAGGAGAAGCUGAAACAUUACUCUUACCCAGAGAAAGCCUUUGCUGAGAGCUGGCUCAGCUCAGCCGAUUUUGUAGCAGCCACUCACUUCCAGUCCACAGUGAAGCGUUCCGUGGUGUUCAUGACGCCACUGCCCAGCCGCGUGCUGAGGGAAGGGGACCAAGCGCCCAACAUCCAGGACCUGAGUCCUGAGGAGAACCACACCCUCUCCAUCUUCAGCUGGAUGAGAAGCAUGAACAGUGUGCUCGGUGGGACCUUGGUGCGAAUGUGGCGUAGCGCCAUGUGUUCAGAGAAGGCCAGAGAGCAGGGCCAGACUUUGCUCCAGGACCUCACCCUCAACCCGUCGUUUGCCCUCACCUCCAUCUUUUCCAUCCUAUCAGAGAUGUCCACCAACUGCUGAACUUCCCAAUCCAAUCACUCUCACACACACACACACAUUAAAACCAACUGCAACAUACAGCAUUAAGUAUUUGCUCUCAGAAACAUAUAAACACAUUAAGUAUGUGGGCAGGUCAAACAUACAUCCAGAAAGAAAGUGUGGUAUUAAAGAAAAUAAAGAUUUUCACAAGCAAGAC